CCCCGUCCUAUCAACACCUCCAAAAUGAGCGUCAUCCUUUGUACCGCCGGCUAUGACCACACCAUCCGAUUUUGGGAGGCGCUGUCCGGAAUCUGUUCGCGUACGAUCCAGCAUCCAGAUUCCCAGGUUAAUCGGCUAUGCAUCACCCCCGACAAGCGCUACCUGGCCGCCGCCGGUCAUAGCAACGUCAAGCUGUAUGACAUCAAGUCCACGAACCCGAACCCCGUCAUGACUUUCGACGGCCACACGAAUAACAUCACCGGCGUCGCGUUUCACUGCGAAGGGAAGUGGAUGGUGACCAGCUCCGAGGACGGCACCGUCAAAGUGUGGGACACCCGGACCGGCAGCCUCCAGCGCAACUACGCGCACAAAGCCCCCGUCAACGACGUGGUCAUUCAUCCCAACCAGGGCGAACUCAUCAGUGGUGAUCGCGCUGGCAUUGUCCGGGUCUGGGACCUGGGCGAGAGCGUCUGCACGCAUCAGUUGAUCCCCGAAGACGACGUUGCCGUGCAUAGCGUCAGCGUCGCAAGCGACGGAUCUCUCCUUUGUGCGGGAAACAAGAAGGGCAACGUCUACAUCUGGCGCAUGAUCCAAGACGCCGAAAUAACGCGCAUCGUCCCGAUCUGCACCUUUCAAGCGCACAAGGACUAUCUUACGCGCGUUCUCCUCUCCCCAGACGUCAAGCACCUGGCGACCUGCUCCGCCGAUCACACUGCCAAAGUCUGGAAUCUCGACCUCGAUUACCCGCCAGCCAAACUGGCCGCCGCGAAAGCGAAAGCGAAAGCCCUCGCCGCACCAGAGGCGACUGACAUCCCUCCCUCCCCCGAAUCCCUUCAGAACCAAAACCACACCUCCCCCAACGGCGUCGAGCCUGAGGAAAACCCCUUCAGUAUCUUCCAGGGCACAACCCCCCAAGCCACCACCGAGCCCCAGCAGACAUUCCCCGUACAACCCGACGGUCCCCCGAUGGACGCCACCGCCGGCACCCUCUUCCUCGAGACCACCCUCGCCAACCACCAGCGCUGGGUCUGGGAUUGCGCCUUCUCCGCCGACUCGGCGUACCUCGUGACCGUCUCCAGCGACCACUACGCCCGGUUGUGGGAGCUGGCCUCCGGCCAGAUCAUCCGACAGUACAGUGGUCAUCACCGCGGGGCGGUAUGCGUUGCGCUGAACGACUAUUCCGAGCCGCGCUGACGGAUCCACUACCGGGUCGAUUGGAUGCGACUGCCUGCCGGCAGUUGGGUUUGUUGUUAUUAUUGUCUUGUCUUCUUACGUACGGUUCAGGGAUAAUGAAUGGUCAGCAUGGAGCCUGGUUUGGGCCGGAGCACCGAGGCGUCUCGUGUGCGCCUUGUCUUGUGCAUUGGAGUUUGGGUUUUCUUCCUUGUUUCCUUGUUUGUUUGUUUAGUUAGGUUGUAUGCUUUGGAUGUUAGCGCGCUAUCCAGGUAUGAUAUCCCGUAUAUGCAAUAUACUAUAACGUUGAAU